UGGAAUGAGUAGGUGUGUCAACUUUUGACUGGUAGAGUAUACAAAAAUGAUAUAGUGGCAUUUGGGACACAGCCCUGGUAAGCCCCUGAGGGGUAGAGUGGCCCAUCUCUGAUGCAGUGACUUUGGGGUGAAUACAGUUAAUAAUUAGCUAACAGACAGACAGCAGGGUUGGCUGCACAUUCAAAUUUAUGACAUAAUUCAAAUUUAGCGAAAAUUCCAGAGCUAGCUAGUAAAAAGUAAUUCUAACAACACCACAAUGAUGACAAAGGUUUUUCUACUAAUGAUUUGCCUUCUGAAUGUCAUUGUGUUUCCAAGCCACUAAAUGCACUUUAGAGUACGUCUUCAUCAGCUUCAAUUAGGUAGAAUUAAGUAAAACCUUCAGUUGGGUACCUGUGCUCAGGAGAAUCUUCAUAACAAAAUUGUGAAGCAACGUGCAACCCAUUAAUUUCUUUCAAAGUUGUUAAUUUUUAAAUUAUAAAUACAAAUGACUACCUGCAAAUUGGAUUGAACCCAACCCUGUCAAACAGGUAGCUAUCGGACAGGUCCAGCAGGUCUGGAGUUGGACAGACAGAAUGCAAGGGGGUUAAAGGAUGAGAGAAAAAGAGGGAGGGGUCUGACUGGACAGGUCCUUAAAAAAGGAGAGUAGGGAGAGGUAGAACUCAACACACAGGCAGGACAGAGAGAGAGAGAGACCCAGUGAAGACCGCUGAAGAUCUCCGAAGAAGUGAAGCUACAACGGAACAUUUUAGAAGGAGACUAUCACCAUGGCAAUUUUGACCAUUCUUCUGCUUCUCAGUGCUGCCAUUGCACUGAGCGAAGCCUUAACUCUGGAUGAAGCAAAUGCUAUGGUGGCAUUUGCAGCAGAUAAAAAAAGCCCAUGCCCCACAGACUGGUUCCAGUUUAAUUCACGCUGCUUCACUUUUGUCCAGACUGCAAGGACAUGGCCUGAAGCAGAGCGCCACUGUAUGUCCCUUGGAGCAAACCUGGCGUCUGUGCAGAACACUGUACAGUACCUUGGAGCAAACCUGGCGUCUGUGCACAGCUCUGAGGAGUCCCAAUUUCUACAGGCGGUGGUGUUGAUCAAGACUGGCGAUUUCCCUCUGACCUGGAUUGGAGGAUAUGAUGCUGUUCAGGCAAAUGUGGAAAAGGACAGGCUAUGGUUCUGGAGUGACGGAUCUACAUUUGAUCACCAGAACUGGGCGAAAGACGAGCCCAAUAACUAUAACGGUGCCAGAGAGCCAUGUGUUCAGAUGAACUUUGGAGGUAAACAUGCCUGGAAUGAUGAAUUAUGUGGAAGGAGAUAUCCCUCUGUGUGCUCCAUAAGGACCUGUUCAAUCCAUCAAACUAUCAACUAAAACCAAGCAUUCUACUGCGUAGUGUCAGCAACCUAACUGAAAAAUGUUUAUGGUAAAAUCAAAUACUUUAUGGAGAUUAUUUGUUGCUGUAAAAUGAAAGUUUAGUUACUUGUUGCAGACAAUGUUGAUGUGGUUUGUUGUCAAUAAAACAGGUGUACACAUUA